AUGUCUUCACAAAAACAUAAACUUCAACUUAUUGCUGCUGAUAGUUUAAAUAUGCAGUUGGCACGUAAAAGCAUGCAGUGCAUUGAAUUGUUUCAAAAAAGGAAUCAUUUAGAAAUAAUUCAUGGUGCAUUGGAUUCAUCUCAUUUGGAACUCUUUAUUCCUGGAAGCGAUAAAAAUAAAGAUACUGAUAUUGGUGACACUAAUAAUAUCGAUGAUGAGAAAAAGGAUGAAAACUCACAAUCACCGCCAUUAAAGAAAUUUAAAACAGAUUUAGUCCCAUCUGCUAGCUGGUUCGCUUAUACAUCACCACAGCCCAACGAUAACAGUGAUAAUAAUAAUGGUAUUAUUAACAAUAGCAGUAGCAGCUACAAACCUAAAGUCUUUAGAAUUAAUGGUGGCGGUGGUGGUGAACCAUCAUCACGUCAAAUACAACAUCGUGAACUUUAUCAACGUAUGAAUUUUCUAUACCAGGCAGCAACACUUAUGACUGCUACAUCAACUUCCAAUAAUUCUUCAAUAGUUUCAAAUGAUAAUAAUAAAUUGGCAUCGGUUGGUAGAUUUUAUAUUAAUACAAUGAAAACUAUUGGUAAAAAACAAGUUAUAAGAAUGGAUCCAUCUGUAAAAAGAACAUUAUGUAAAAAGUGUGAAACCUUACUUUUGCCAAGUAUCACUUCACAUGUAAGAAUUAAAUCUUGUCCAGAACCAGGACUACAGAUAACAUGUAAAUAUUGUAAUGCCAAGAAAAAAUUCUCAACACAUAAAGACCUCAAAUUAGAUUUAGAAAAGCCUGAAAAUAUUAUUGAAACAGCAACUAAGAAGGACAAUGAAUAA